AUGAAUCAUCCCUCUGUUAUACUUUGUAAUGAAGAAAGGUACUACCUUCGCCACAAGAAACUUCAUUCACCUCUUUACUCUUCGGUCCAAUCCAUCCCCAACGCUCGUAACCUCUCUUCCUCAACGAUAACUGACACCACAAGACCUUUCCCUGAUUACUCCCCGAAGAAACCUUCAGUGAGAGACACCGAACUCGUCCACCAAAUCGCCAAUGUGAUUAAGCUUCGUCGCGCUGAGCCUCUGAGGCGUAGCUUAAAGCCUUACGAAUGCAAGUUCAAGACUGAUCACUUGGUUUGGGUUCUGAUGAAGAUUAGGUCUGAUUACAGCUUGGUUCUUGACUUCUUUGAAUGGGCACGCUCCCGUAGAGACUCCACUAUUGAAGGCCUUUGCAUUGUCACUCACUUAGCUGUGGCGUGUAAGGAUUUGAGAGUGGCUCAUUCUAUGAUAAGGAGCUUCUGGGAGAGACCGAAGCUGAGUGUUGCUGAUUCCUUUGUACAGUUUUUUGAGCUUUUGGUGUAUACUUACAAGGACUGGGGCUCGGAUCCGAAUGUGUUCGAUGUGUUCUUCCAAGUACUAGUUGAGUUUGGGAUGGUACGUGAAGUUAGGAAAGUGUUUGAGAAGAUGUUGAAUUACGGGUUGGUUCUCUCUGUUGAUUCAUGUAACCUUUACCUUGACCGUCUUUCGAAAGAGUGUGAUAAAAAAACUGCAACGGCUGUUGUAGUGUUUAGGGAGUUUCCUAAGGUGGGUGUUUGUUGGAAUGUUGCUUCUUAUAACAUUGUGAUUCAUUGUGUUUGUCAACUUGGGAGGAUACGCGAAGCUCAUCAUCUACUCGUUCUUAUGGAGUUGAAAGGCUAUACCCCUGAUGUAGUAAGUUACAGUACAGUGAUAAAUGGAUACUGUAGAUUUGGGGAACUUGAAAAGGUCUGGAAGCUCAUUGAAGUAAUGAAAAAGAAGGGGUUGAAGCCAAAUUCUUAUACUCAUGGUAGCAUCAUUCUCUUGCUCUGCAGAAGUGGUAAGUUGGUCGAAGCAGAGGAGGCUUUUCCAGAGAUGGUAGAGCACGGCAUUGUUCCAAUCGAAACAGUGCCAAUUGUCCAUUACAUUAUUUCCAAGUCUAAAUGUUCUGAAUAUUUGGAAUAAUUCGAAUUAUGAAUGACAAUUAUUUGAUUUUAAA